GUUAUAUGUCCUAGGCCGGGGGUCUAUCGGAAACAGUCCCUCUACUUCAUCGGAGGUAGUGGUAUGAACUGCGUACGCUCUACCCUCCCUAGACCCCGCUUUGUGGGAAUACACUGGGUAUGUUGUUGUUGAUAGUGUGAUCUUAUGUUAUAUGUCCUGGGCUGGGGGUCUAUCGGAAAUAGUUUCUCUACUUCAUUUGAGGUUGUGGUAUGGACUGUGUACACUUCCCCAGACUCCACUUUGUGGGAAUGCACUAGGUAUGUUGUUGUCGUUGAUAGUGUGAUCUUGCUCGUGUUGUCGGUCACAAACCUGAAUAAAGGAAGACACCCGAUUACGAUGAAUCCUCACAAUAUAGGAUGUAUCUCCCAAAAAGGUAGCUUAAAUGGAUCUACACGAUCAGUGAGGAAUCAUAUAACUGACGUGAUUCACUUAGGAUUGAGACAUUGUUGUUUUAGUCUUUUUUUUUUUUCUAGGUUGUGAUAGUGUGAUCUUGCUCGUGUUGUCGGUCACAAACUUACGAUGAAUCCUCACAAUAUAGGAUGUAUCUCCCCAAAAAGUAGCUUAAAUGGAGCGACAUGAUCAGUGAGGAAUCAUAUAACUGGCGUGAUUCACUUAGGAUUGAGACAUUGUUGUUUUAGUCUUCUUUUUGCGCCAAUGUGAGAUUUCCCACAUUGUCGAUCAUAAAAGGAGGAGUGUUAAUGAAGCGACAUGAUCAGUGAGGAUUCAUAUAGCCGACAUGACUCUGCUUAGGGGCAAAUAAUUGUUCUCUAUGCAAUGCAAUACCAUACAUGUUGGUACAUAGAGUGACAGAGGAAGAAAACAAGUUAGGCAUAGGAAAAUCAUUUCUUGGAUUGGACAAAAAAGCAAUUCUUGAUGUUGAUCAUUAUGCAGCACAAAAAGAACUCUACUUAGGAUCCAAAUGUCAAGUCGACGACAAGCCAAAUCCUUGGCAAUUCUGGAUGAUCAUGCUCAAGAACGGAAACAUGGAUACUUACGCUGCUAAGUGCCCGAAAAAUGGAUACAGAUCAGGCCCGUAUGGGCCUGACAGAAGGUUUCCGUGCUUCGGCAAAGGGUGCAUGAACCAACCAUUGAUUUUUCACAACUACACAACUUUACAAGGUGUUAAUAGGACUACACUGAAAGGUAGUUUUUAUGGUACAUGGGAUUUGGAUAGUCGAUCGCGUAAAAUGGGAGCAGAGAACAGUUCUUUCUAUUCUGUGAAAUGGAAGAAAGAAUUGGGUAAAGGAAGUUGGAUUUUUCAUCAUGUGUUAAGGACAUCAAAUAAGUAUCCUUGGCUUAUGCUUUAUCUUAGAUCAGAUGCUACAUUUGGUUUAUCUGGUGGAUAUCAUUAUCCAACUAGAGGCAUGUUGAAAAUUAUACCAGAAUCACCAAACUUUAAGGUGAAAUUCACCUUGAAUGUGAUGAAAGGAGGAGGUCCAAACAGCCAAUUUUACUUAAUGGACAUGGGGAGUUGCUGGAAGAACAAUGGCAAACCAUGUGAUGGCAAUGUCACAACCGACGUUACGCGAUACAGUGAGAUGAUCCUGAAUCCAGAAACAUCAUCCUGGUGCAAACCAGAUAGACCAAAACUAUGUCCACCAUAUCACAUUUUCCCAAAUGGAUCAAGAAUUCAUCGAAACGAUACGAUUCAUUUCCCUUAUGAGGCUUAUCAUAUGUAUUGUGCACCUGGAAAUGGUGAAUACAUUGAACAGCCUAGUGCACAUUGUGAUCCUUAUAGUAAUCCUCAACCUCAAGAGAUUUUGCAGAUUUUGCCACAUCCUGUUUGGGGAGAUUAUGGUUAUCCUACUAGGAAAGGUGAUGGUUGGAUUGGUGAUCCAAGAACAUGGGAACUUGAUGUUGGGAAGUUGUCACAAUCACUUUACUUUUACCAGGAUCCAAGAACUACAGCAGCAAGAAGGAAAUGGACUUCAAUUAACUUAGGAACUGAAAUUUAUAAAGAUCCAAAUCAAGUGGCUGAGUGGACAGUUAGUGAUUUUGACAUUAUUGUACCUAAAAAAUAGUAGUAGUAGCAGAUAUAGGAAAGAGAAAAAAAAAAUUAGCAAAAAAAUAAAAAGAUCUUUUUUCCUUUUUAUAACAAAUUUGGAAAGAUUCAAUUUUGGUCUGAAGAAAGACCACCAGUUUUCUCCAAAGGGGUGUAUUUUUUUUAUUUUUGUAUUAUUUUUGAUUUGUAUCCAAGUUGUAUGUAUACUUGAAAAUGAGAUAUGGAUUUUCUUUCUUGAAA